AUGGUCUGCCUCACGACCCUGUUACUGCUGGCGCCCGGCGUCUAUGCAGGUGCAGUCUUUGGUCGACAGGAACAAGCUGCCAACUCUAGCUGCAAAGCCAUCCCAGGCGACAACACCUGGCCAUCGCAGCAAGCUUGGGGUCAGUUGAACCAAACCAUUGGCGGUCGUCUGAUUGAGACAGUUCCCCAGGCGGCUAUAUGCCACCCAGGAGGCUAUGCGGGUCUCUCCCAGAAUCAAACAGCAUGCGACUCACUAAAAAAGGAAUGGGAUUACCCCAAAGCAUUCCCCUACUACCGCACAGAUCAACCCUGCACGCUAGGCAAACUUGUCAGCUACGCUGUCCCGGUGGAGAGCCCCGCCGACGUCGUCGCUGCCAUCAACUUCACGCAGACGCACAAUGUACGCCUCGUCAUCAAGAACACGGGUCACGAUUGGCUGGGAAAGUCGACCGGCACAGGCGGCCUCUCACUCUGGACGCAUAAUCUAAAGGCCAAGCAAGUUUUGAACUACACCAGCACGCACUACGCAGGUCCUGCUAUCAAAGUGGGGGCUGGCGUUACGGGCGGCGAAGCACUCACUCACGCGAGCAAAUCUGGAUACAGGCUUGUCUCUGGAGAUUGUCCAACAGUCGGUUAUGCGGGGGGUUACUCGUCUGGCGGUGGUCACGGUCUACUCAACAGCGUGCAUGGUCUCGCCGCAGACAACGUUCUCGAAUGGGAAGUCGUCACUGCAGAUGGCCGACAUCUCAUCGCCAGUCCAGAGCAAAACUCUGAUCUUUACUGGGCCAUGUCGGGCGGCGGCGGGGGAACCUUUGCCGUUGCACUAAGUAUGACGGCCAGAUUGCAUCCUGACGGUAUCGUUGGUGCGGCAAGUUUAAGCUUCAACGCCACAUCCGCCCCAAGUAACACUUCCUUUGUAUCUGCGCUGAACGCGUGGUGGAAAUUCCUCCCUUCUCUCGUUGAUGCGGGUGCAACACCUUCUUGGAACGUCUACACAGGUCACUUCCUCGUCCCCAAUACUACUGCGCCCGGGAGAACAGCUGCAGACAUGGACACGCUGUAUUUACCCUAUCUAUCCGAACUCAAGCGCCUCAACAUUCCCUACACUUAUACUUCGUACUCAGCACCCAACUAUUUCCAACAUUACAAUGACACAGACGGGCCACUCCCAUACGGGCCCUAUCAGGCAUCCCAACUUUUCAACAGCCGUCUCAUUCCCCGCAACAUCUCGGACGACCCAUCCGAACUAAUCGCCACAAUGCUAUCAAUGAGCGCUUUCGAUCCAGCCGCAAACUGGCAGUUUGGAUGCCUCGGCAUAAAUAUCAAUUCAUCAUCCAUUUCCAAUGCAGUAACCCCGCACUGGCGCUCUGCCAUCGCUAUUUGUCUAGAAUUCAGCCUCUACAACUGGACCGUUCCGGAAGAUGUCAUGGUGAAGCGCAGGGUGGAUUUGGCGGCUGUGAUACAUCCAGCAGUCGAAAAGGUGACGGUGGGAGGGGGUGCUUAUUUAAAUGAGGCGGAUCCAUUGGUCUAUCCAGAGGGAGAUAGUGCAAAGUGGCAGGAAGCGUUCUAUGGGAGUACUUAUGAGAGAUUGAGGGAGGUGAAGAGGACAUGGGAUCCGAGGGGGGUGUUUUAUUCGUAUUCGGCUGUGGGCAGUGAGGACUGGGUGCAGGAUGGGGAGGGAAGGUUAUGUAGGGUAUGA